GUCCCCCUUAUUGCCCCAUUCCCAGGAGUUAUUUGGGAGGCUUUUAUGUUGCGCCUGGCACCUUAGGAAUAGCAUAUGAAAUUAAUCCACACUUUCACUUAGGAGCUUUUGAUACUAACAUUUAGUAUUAAUACAAAGUCUUCGAUACAUUUGAAAAUGAAUUAUGGUUUAUGUUGUAUCUUUUAGUUAGGUGCCAUUAAAAAAAAUAUGGAUUUUCUGAUUAGUUCUGUAGCAGCUGUUGGAGCAGUGAUAAUAACCAAUCCUUUGGAUGUCCUCAAAACAAGACUACAACUUCAAGGGGAACUGAAGGCAUCUGGAGAAUACCAAAAAGUCUACAAAAAUGUUCUACAAGGAGCUGUUGAUACAAUAAAGGCUGAAGGUAUACGAGGACUGCAGCGUGGAGUGUGGCCUGCUUCUUGCUACCAAAUUGUCAUGAAUGGCACCAGAUUAUCUCUGUAUGAGAAACUACAAGUGAAUGGCUUCCUGAAUGAUAGUGAUGGCAAGUUGUCAAGCCUGAAGUGUGCAGCUGGUGGGGCUACAGUGGGAGUUUUAAGUGGCUUCAUUUCAAGUCCUUUGUACAUGGCUAAAGUGCAACUACAGAGCCAAGCAGACCCAAAACUUGCUGUUGGUACACAACAUCAUCAUCAAAAUGUUUUUGGAGCUUUGCGGAAUGCAGUCCACAAAGGUGGCGUGCUUGGCCUUUAUCGUGGAGCUUUCACAUCCAUUUUUCGUGUGGGGAUUGGUUCUGGUGCGCAACUUCUCACCUACAGCAAGUGUCGUGAUGCUCUGCACAAUGCCGGAGUGUGUCCAAUGAACUCCUGGAGCAAUGCACUGGCAGGAGCCAUGCUGAGUGGCAUGGCAGUCACGGCAAGCAUGGCGCCUUUUGAUGUCCUCUCCACUAGGUUGUACAACCAAGGAGUGAAUGCACAAGGCAAAGGACUUCUUUACAGAAACCUGGGCGAUUGCAUCUUCAAGAUCGUCAAGAAAGAAGGACCUUUGGCCCUAUACAAGGGCUGGACGGCAGUCUACCUCAGGAUUGGUCCACACAGCUUCUUAUGUCUUAUGUUCUGGGACAUUCUUAAGAAUUUACAUAAAGAUUACACUCGAAAAACAAAACAAGUCGCAUGAUGGUUUAAAGACGUUGAACUUUUUCUUACCUUUUCAUCGACCUCCUUUAUUGGAAGGAGAUUUAUCAUUCAAUGGCAAUUCGGUGUUGGUGAAACUAUUGUUAGGUUCUAGGUGGACCAAGUUUACACUGGCUUAUCAUACAAGCCUGACAUAUGGAUCUUAUAUUUUAAAUCAAUUUGCUCAUUGGACAAAAUCUGUUCAACUCUGUGAUUAACUUUUUACCAUUGCAAUGAUAAUCAACUGGAAGGUACGAGCGUCUCAAUUGGCUUACAUUCCAUGACGUAGAGUUAAUGAAGUUGGUUCGUUGACUAUUCACGAGUUUUAUGUGUAUUAUUUGUUAUUUUUAUGUGUAAUUUAGAAAUUAAUCUAUAAUACUAGUUAUUUACUUCAGGUGUGUAAAAAUUUUAUUCGUUAUUUGUUCUGUUAUCAAUAUGAUUUAAAGACAUGAUGAAAAUUUUUUAUUUCUAUCUCUAGUGUAAUUUUUAUUGAAUCGAAUUCGAUACCUAUUGUGUGAAUAUCUUAUGCUUUUUAAGAAUCUUUAGCUUCUAUGAGAUGGCUUCUAUGUGAUACGUUGCUUAAAAAAUUCAAUAGACAUCGUAGUAUUGGUAUUUACUUUUUUAGUGGUCUAAGCACUAUACCGUGUGAUUGUCUUGUGGUUCGUUGCCACCAGCCAGUGUGUUCAACAGCUACUCUUAACCCGUUCUCUCAUGAAUUUCGUCGGAUAAUGAAAAUUAUUUUUCUAUGCUAUUAUAUUACAAUAUUUUUUGAUGCUUCUUGGGCAUAGAAUAACACCACUGAACAUAUGUCACACAUGUAUACAAAGCCAUUAAAUUUUAAUAUAUAUCAUGCGUAUUGUAGACGUUACAUUAUUAGACAAAAGUAUUGCAAUGUGACUAAUAAUGGCCUUAUUAUAAUAACUUCACAUGUUAAUGGUAGGUAUAUUAUUGUUUGUAAAGGGAGUGUUUGGAUAAAGUUCUAUCUCUAAACAAAAGUUUAUUUUACAGUUUGAUAUACCAAGUCUUGAUUGAUGAAAUCAUCAUUUCCAAUGCCUAAUAUCUAUAUUUCUUGAAAAAUGCCCACAAUAUCUUAGAGCGCCAUUCAACUGUACUACUGUAGGGACAGCAACACAAACUGUCACGUUUUUUUUUUUUUACUUAUGGCUACAGGAGAACGGGGAGUUUUGAGUUACCAUGUCAGUUGUGAUUGAAGAGGACUGAGGCCGUAAGUGUGAACCUUAUUGCUGCCGCUCUAAUUUAUACAGUGAGGCCAUUGUGGGCGUCUUGAGUUUUAUUAUAUUGUAAUUAUUGCGUAAUAACUUUCAAUUAUACGAGAAUACAGCAAUGAAAGCACAUUUUAUGUGACUUGACGUACAAGGCCAGUGUUGGUUGUAAAUUUUAUGCGAUUAUGUGUGCGCAGGCUAUUCUUUGUACUUGAAGUUUAUUGCGCUUGAAGUUUUGGUACAUAUUAAUAUGUGAUCAUUGGUUUAUUGAUGGGUGAAUUUUUAACGGCUCUGUUAUUUUUCGUCAUUGCAGUUGCAGAGACGUACCUAAGGAUCUAAUUGUGUUAUCGAUCGACAGUUGUGUGGUAUAAUUUAUGUCAGAAAAGGCUUUUGUGAUAUGAUCACACAGACGCUCAGCUUGGUAAUGUUUAUUUUAUUCAUGUUAUGUGUGAUCUAUUCAUCUUUGUAUAUGUAUUAUAUAUAUAUGUCUGUUAUUGUAAGUGAUGGUUAUUUGCAGAUGAUGCAUCAACCUCCAAAUAAGCAUAUUUUGACACGCGUUUGCUAAUGAAGGGAAGUAUUAUCUUGCUGUUAAACACAGCAAGUAUAUUUUUAUCUGUAAUUAUUUUUCUUUUUGACUGUUGCAUUAUUGUAAUAUUAAUGAAUGCUUUACUACAUUUGCAACCCGUACUGCGACGCACGGUCCUCCUUAGAUGUGCGAGAUUUUUUUUAAUACGUUGUAAUAAAACAGGUUCAUUUUAUUGCAAAUACAGCGUGUCACGGUCCUAGUAUGAAAAGUUUGAGUACUAAAAACUUUUUAAAUGGUUUUGAAUUCUGUACGGCGUAUAGAAAAUGGCAAAUGGUCAUAAUGUGAAUGAUUUUGGGCUGACAAUUAGCUGAAAGUCCUAAAGUGACAAUAUAUCUCGAGUAUUAUACAAUUUUUGUGGGCCAGUAGUUGCUUAUAAUAAACUUGCUAAUUAAAAGAGACAAGAAGUACAAACCUUUUCUCUGUUGCUUUUAGUAAUAUUGUCUAGUAAACUUGCAAAGCUC